AUGCCGCCGGAUCCCACGCCCAAGGCGACGACUGCCCGGAAACGGCCCGCCCAGUCCAAGCGGGGUGCAAUAGCCUGUGUCAGGUGUAAAGAGCGCAAAGCGAAAUGCGUUCCUGCACCCCCGGGUACGAGCAAUGUGCCGACCUGCGAGAACUGCUAUGGGGCCGGAGCGGUCUGCGUGUACCUCGAUAGGACGCCGAAUGAGCUGUUCCUCCUCGAAUACGUAUCUCAGCUCGAGAAUAGGGUCGCAACCCUUGAGCUUGAACUCGCCAAGUACCGACCGGACUCGAUUCAUGUGGUCGAUCAUUCGCGGACGCAGGCAGCAGCUAUCGAGUCGUUGACGCAACAACAUCCUCCUGAGGCAUGGCGAGAUCAUGUGGCUGGUCCGAGCGGGACUCAAGGCGGAGGUGCUGGCGUGGAGGCGCAUACCCAGGCCGAGCAGAGGUCGCCGGCAUCGGUGGUGAAGCAGGAGACGGAGGAGGAAGGGAACGGCAAUGAUGAUCUGGCGUAUGGGCUGGGAAUGCUCACGCUCAGCGGGAGUGGAGAACCAGUAUACGUGGGAGCCAGCUCGGGGGUGAACUGGGCGAGAGUGUGCGCAACGUCAGUCACUGCUUCUGCAAUUAGGAGUGGAUCUUCACUAUCACGCUUCAACUAUCUCGCCCCACCCGAAUCAUCCAGCAUAGAGUCCGCCCUGCUAUACUCCCAACAUCAUCCUAUUCCGCCUCUGCCGCCUCCCCCAUUAGCCGCUCGGUAUCUCGAAGCGGCUUACCAGCAUAUACAGGCGCGGUACUCUUUUCUGGAUUGGCCGACCGUCCGGAACUGGCACGACCAUCGAGAGGAAAUCGUCAAUCGCCCUCUUUGGGGAGCUGGAAGGGGCAAAGACUUUAGGCGGUCCAUGGCAGCGUUCACACUGUGGCUGCUGUAUGGGUAUGGGGCGAGAUUGACGGAGGACGAACAUUUGGAGGGGGCGGUAUCGCAUGAGGUCUAUCACAACAUCGCUGUGGCUUGCUUAUCGAACGUUGCAAAUCAUACGUCCAUCGCAACGGUUCAGGCGGAGCUUCUCCUGACCAUCUACUCCUUCCGACACCCACAACCCGAGAUUAGUGUAUGGCAAACCGCUGGUCUUGCCCUACGUACGGCGGUACAAGUCGGGCUCCAUCGCAAGGCGAGGUCUAAGUCGGAACGUGAGCGCAACCCGGUCGGAUAUGAGAUCAAGAAGAGGACUUUUUGGACAUUGUACACCAUUGACCGGAUGUUGGCACUUCAGCUUGGUCGGCCCUCGGGUAUUCAAGACCGAGAUAUCGACGUGGAGAUGCCGCUCAAUAUUGACGUCGACUUUACCGAUCCUCAGGUCAUCUUUGAGAUGCAGACGAGGCAGAUCGAGGCGACGCGGGGCAAGGCACAAGGUGACGAAUAUGCGCCAGGCUACGACACGGUCACUUCGAUGACCUCGUCAAUCCACAACGCCCGUCUGAAUCGCCUCAAGCAGCUGAUCCAGGACGCCAUCUACCGCCUGGACCAUCCCCUCGAGACCCGCACAGACCUAUCCCCCUCGAAUCAAGCUAUACCGGAGGUGGACAACCUCCUAGCCCGCCUAGCCGCCUGGCAGUCGGCCAGUCCCACUCUCCCGCCCGGUCGAUCUGGCGUUCCCCUCCUCUCCCGCGCUCAGCAGGAUAUGGAGUAUCACAACUGCGUCCAAAUGCUUCUCCGCCCAGUCAUUUCCAGCCGGCUCGGGACCGACCAAUACCUGCCAAAGUGCUUCGACUCGGCGGCUUCGCUGUGCGAAGGGCAAUGGUCACUUCUCAACGCCCCAUCUACCUACCGUCUUAGCAAUUGGGCGCUGUACCGGCUCUUCCUCUCGGGCUUGACACUCCUCCAUCUGGCAAGCUCGCCCACCACAUCGUCCCGGGUAGAGCUGCGUCGCGCUCAUCACGCUCUGCAGAGGUGCAAGGACUCGCUCGGAGUGUACGUACGCCAUCUCCCGGCGAUGAAGGGGUACGAGGAUGUCUUUGUCGAGUUGGUCUCGGGCUGGGAAGCGAAGUUUGGCGUUCAGUCGACGAGUACUACCACGUCGGCCGGGGCACACGACUUUUCGGACCCGCUCAAGUGGCUCGAGAGCUUGACUAGCGGCUCGGCGGCACCGCAGCCGGCGCUGCAUAUCCCGCUCCAGCCGGCUCAGCCUAGUCAUGCUGGCGUACACUACGGACCGCGGCCAAGCGAUCCUGGAGCCUUCCUUCGCGCCCAGAACCACAGUCAAAACCACGCACCGUCCUACCUGCAAAGCUACGACAUGGGCGCCCAACCCACGCUGGGUCAGUCAUCGGAGCGGAUGCCCACGCUCAAUGCGUACAGUGUGCCCCAGCCGAGCGCAUCUCAGCAGCACUCAGGUCCCGCGUACCAGGACCCCGGGAUGGGACUGGGACUCGAUACAGGUGUAGGCUCGGGCUCGUCCUUCCAGCAGCCGUAUCCUCAGCUAGAGCAGCUAGCAGCGGCGCCAGGAGGAAGUGUCAGGGAUGACUUCUAUUCGUCAGUAUCUCAAAUACUUCCCCAUUGUAUAGCUAAUUUUCAGGCUCCUCUCAUCCCUCGGCGUCAACAUGGACGAGACGCUCGGCAGCUCCAUGCCUCCCAUCGCGGAAGAUCACCUCUGGACGUCUGA